GCAGGUUAGAAGGUGUUGGAGAGCUCCAGGAGUGACGGUGCGCUGCGUGGUCGCUGGGAGUUUGAAUUGAGGAAGGUUUCUCUUUGUGCUGGGCUCCGGGCUGUUUGAUUCUCCCUGUCUCCCCUGCCUCAUGGCUAACUCCGGACUGCAAAUUCUCGGCUUUACUCUGGCUCUGUUAGGAUGGAUAGCCCUGGUAGCGAGUACCAUCAUGCCCCAGUGGAAGAUGUCUAGUUACGCCGGGGACAACAUUAUCACAGCUCAGGCUGUGUACAUGGGGCUGUGGAUGAACUGUGUGUACCAGAGCACAGGACAGAUCCAGUGCAAGGUGUAUGACUCUAUUCUAGCUCUGGGAGCCUCACUGCAGGCCACCCGUGCCCUGAUGGUGGUGGGUAUUGUCGUUGGUGUCCUCGCUGUGGGCAUCAGCUCAGUGGGUAUGAAGUGCACCAAGUGCGGUGGAGAUGACAAGGUCAAAAAGUCUCGGAUCGCGAUGGGUGGCGGCAUCACAUUUAUCCUGGCAGGACUCUGCGCUCUCAUUGGUGCCUCUUGGUAUGGAAACCAGAUAGUUCGAGACUUCUACAACCCACUGACUCCAGUCAACACCAAGUAUGAGUUUGGAUCUGCCAUCUUUGUGAAUUGGGCAGGCGCUGCCCUCAUUCUGAUCGGUGGUGGGAUGCUGAGUUGCUCGUGUCCCAAGAAGAAUGGUUACCCCCGAUCUUACCCCAAGUCCAAACCCCGAUCUAACGCCACCAGCAACAAGGAGUUUGUAUGAAGUUUAUAUCUGCUCCUGGCGAGAAAGGAACUCCUCUCACCCUGUCGAAGAUGUUUGUACCCCCUUGAAAAGACUUCACCCGAGGAGCUUAACGAGAGCCAUCACUCUAUUAUUGAAGGGGCGAGAAAUUGCAUUUGUAUAACGCCAUGUAAAUUACUGCUUGGGACUGUUAUUUUUUUAAUCACUUGAUAAACCUGUAGAUUUGUGACUUAGUGUUUUUUGUUUAAAAGACAUGUUUUCUCUAUAGUUUUAAGGAGGGAUAGGGCAAGGCAGACUAUCAUCAGCCGUUAGUAACUUGUGGAGUGGGUUUUAUUUGUAAAAGUGGAACUGAAUACAAGGUGGCUUGAGUUAAUCCCCUUUUCUGUAAUUCUAAUUUAAAGUGUCCAAAUAUUUCAGUCCAUCUGUGUUCUGGGCCCUUUGAGAUUAUGGGAUGUUGGGUGGGAGGGUAGCAACUGGGAAGGUUCACUCUGGCCCUGGAGGUCAUUGGAGUGAGUGAUUGGUUUUUAAAGCAGCUUGCUUCUGUGGGUCUUUAACCCUCCAGUUCUGAAACAGAUCACUUCGGUUUUUUAAAAAAAUCGAGAUACAAACCUCUCCGGUUCCCUCAAGAUUUUGUUUUUGAAGGAGUUCUCUCUUGCGCUCUCUCUCCUGCAUUCCUUCUAUCUCUGUCUUUGGUGUGGGCAGAGGAGCUGACCUGGAGAAGCAGCAUCCCACAGCAAGGGACAGUUAGCUCUUGGAACCUGUCUCAAUUUUCCAGGUUAAUCAUGAUUUAAAAAAAAAACUGUUCUUGUACACGUGCCAGGAUUGGAGGGUUUAUUAAGAGUUUUGCUGAGAUGUUUUUAUUAAGAAAUGGAUUGUAGCUGUACAUUUUGUUUGUUUAUAAAUAAAUUUUUAAUCUGC